AAGAGCAUUAUAUUAAUGUUUUAAUAUUGAUCAAUUUUAUAUAUAUACGAAACGUAAAAGUUUUGUGCUGAAAUGGAGUCAAAUAUGUGAUAGAUGUAUAGCAAGUGUUUAGUAUAGUUUCAGACGGUAGCGACCAGUCUUCAGUAAAAUUUGAUUGUGAAUACUGCUUCAGAAGACUGGUGAACCCAUUAUUGCUGUACGAGGAAGCUGAUGACUAUGGAAACUUUGAGUAACAAAAGUGAUGUAUCUGAAGAUCUUCAACUUGAGCGCAGUAAGCCAGGUGCAUCCACAGGCGGAACUCCAUCUGUGGAACAUGAGGUAAACAACUGCAGUCAGAACCUCAACUCAACCAUGGAAGAAUCAGUGUGUGGUAGAACUGGAAUUGUUGCAGACAAUUCUUUUUCUCCAAAACCUGAGUCCAGUGCUGAAGAUUUGACGUCAUCAGAGAUGACGUUAAAUCAUUUGUCUCUGAAUGCAAAAUCCUUUGGCUGCAGUGAUGAGCAGGAAUCUUCUGAACCAUUAAACAGCAAAACUGACUCUGGUUCUGACAGUGCAGAAGACAAAGAGAACAAUGCUGCAGAGUUGGCAGAUAAGGAACCAUCACUGUAUGAUAAUCCCAUUUUUCGUGAAUUGUCCAGAAUUAAUGGGGAGAUAAACAAAUUAAGGAUUGACCAAUUAAAAUCGAGGCUUAGAGCCUUUGGACUUGAUACUUAUGGCAAGAAGACUGUCUUACAGAAGAGAUUGAAGACAUACUACAGGAAUAAAAAGUUUGGGGAAGAAAGCCUUGACAAUCCAGACAUUUUACAGAACCGGUACUAUGAGUACUAUGUGGUAAUAGACUUCGAGGCUACUUGUGAUGAAGCAGAUCCUCAUAAAUAUCGUCACGAGAUCAUCGAAUUUCCAGCCAUUCUGGUAAACACAAAGAAAUGUCAAAUCAUCAAGGAAUUUCACACAUAUGUUCAUCCGACUGUCAACCCAAAAUUGACCAACUUCUGCACAGAACUAACUGGAAUUACUCAGGAUAAAGUUAAUUUUGCACCCGUAUUUCCUGAGGUUCUACAAAAGUUUGAAGAGUGGCUAGAAGAGAAUAAACUCUUAACAAAACCUGAUAAGUUUGCUGUUGUAACUGAUGGGCCAUGGGACAUGGGAAGAUUUCUCUUCCAGCAGUGUCUGAUGUCAAAUGUGCCCUAUCCCUCCUGGGCAGUUAAGUGGAUUAACAUCAGGAAAAAUUACAGCAACUUCUACAGCACUAAAAAGAUGUGUUUGAAGGAGAUGUUGAAAAAUCUGGGGAUGAAAUUUGAGGGUCAGCCACAUUGUGGUCUGGAUGACUCUCGCAACAUUGCCCGCGUGGCAAUUAAACUACUGAAGGACGGAGCUAAUAUGAGAGUUAAUGAACGCAUUCAUCUGAGGAAAGAUGGCAAUUAUGAUCCAAGGGAUCGAGUAGUUCGCAACAUCUCUAGAAACAACUUCAAUGGCAUGAAAAAGAAAUUACUUUCUUCAGACAAAUGUGAAGAUUUAGAAGGUGCAGAAGGUGAUGAUGAGGACUUAAGCACAGACACUGAAUCUGUCAAACUUUGGAUUGAUCCUUCUGAUAAGAAUGAAUUUCCUGAUCUAAUUCCACAGCCUCAUAUUACUCCUAUCUAAUUACAUGAGAGAGAGAGUAUAUGGAUAGAAAUACCUGUAAUAUUAAAAAUAUCCUUAACCUCUAUAUUUUGUUUAAAUUAGCAUUUUUUCUUUUGCCUCUAUGAUUAGAGAGAAUAUGUGUAUUUUUAAAUGUUAGCAGAUUAAGAUAUGAUUUAGAUUUUUGUGUCUGUAGUAGGAUUAUGAAGUUUGUAAUGUACAGUAAUUUGUAAAUAAAUAUGGGGGCUUAUUCGUGAGUGAAAUUGUUACCUGCUCGUUAUUAUACCGAUGACUGACCCACUUUUCACUUCCCAGACUCAUGAGGUGGGCGACCAAGCCACCCCCCUCCCUCCUCUUUUUUCUCUGCUUUUUCUCCGAGCCCCCCUCCUCUUUCUUGACACUUUUUUAUGCUGAUUUCUGCUCUGUUCCUCGUUCUACCUCCAGGAGCGUGCAGAAGUGCGUUCCCUGAUGGAACGCAGACUGUGCUCGGGCUGUCCGCUGUAAGCGUGCAGCCUGGAAGAAACACUGUCGCCGUAGGAAGCCCGUUUCUCUUGUUUUGUUUCGGGGGGCCAGUGCGGUGGACUAUAGGGCCAUCCGUACGGCUAAACGUGAGGGUUGGAGAUCUUUCGUUUCCACCAUUACACCUGACAUUCCUCUGCCCCUGAUCUGGAAGAAAAUCUGCAAGAUAGUGAGUAAGUUUGUUCCGGAUGUCUCGCCUGUCCUUCACCUCUAGUUCUGUCGUGGCGGAUCCGGUGUCGGUUGCGACCGAACUGGGUUCUCACUUUUCGACUGUUAAUUCCGGCUCUCAUCUUUCUCCUUCUUUCCUUACUCGUAAGCCUCUUCUUGAAUCUUCUCCCUUAGAUUUUAGCAUUUCUCUUCGGCUUCCCUAUAAUGAUCCUUUCUCACAGAACUCCAGUCUGCCCUGGCCCUGUGCAUUUCUAUGGGAGCGGGCUCAGAUGAUAUUAUGAGAUGCUUCGCCAUCUCCCUCUAUGCAUGUUUCAGUAUUUACUGAGUGUUUAUAACCGUGUUUGGGAGUCGUCAUCGUCAGUCCCUGAGGACUGGCUUCAGGCGAUUUUUCUUCCUAUUCGGAAAUCUGGUUCUCUAGGGUCAUCCCUAAAGACUUCUGCCCCAUUGUUCUCACGAGUUGCUUCUGCAAACUCUGAGCGUAUGUCAGUGUCCUUUCGAUGUGGUUCUUGGAAUGCUAUCACCUCUUCUCUUCUCAAUUUGGCUGUCGCAGCACUACUGAUGUCCUCGUGAACUUGGAGGUCUGUAUUCGUACUGCCUUUGCUGCGAAGAACCCCAUUGUUGCUGUCCUUUUUGAUUUGGAAAAAGCAUAUGACACCAUCUGGCAAUACCAUAUUCUGUCCCAACUCCAUUCUUUUGGCCCUCAUGAUAAUCUCCCUCUCUUCCUCAAAGCUUCCUCUCUUGUCGUUCCUUUCGAGUGCAAUUGAAUACCGCUCUCUUUGCCUCUUUUCCGCAAUAUGAAGGUGUACCCCAAGGUAGUGUUCUGAGCACUACUCUUUUCCUGGUUGCUCUCAAUGGUCUUCUUUCCUCCCUUCCCUCUGACAUUUUCUCCGCUCUUUAUGUUGACGAUCUUUCCCUCUGCUGUCAAGGUGGUACUCGCCUUUCCUUUAACAGCGGCUUGAACUUGCGAUUGAUGCCGUGUCGUCCUAGGCCACCAAUCAUGGCUUCAAGUUCUCUCCGGCUAAGACAUGCACUAUGACCUUUACAGCAGGUCGUCCUUCGACCCCCUCUGUCCCUUUAUGGUAAUCCUCUUUUGUAUAAGGAUUCUGCUAAACUUCUGGGGGUUUAUCUUUUACUCUCGCUUCUCCUAGUCACCCCAUAUCUCCUAUCCCAUAUCUAUCCCAGAGUUGAAUGUUCUAAUGCCCUUAACUUAUUGAAGGUCAUGUCUCAUACUUCUUGGGAAGCGGAUAGGCGCAAGCUCCUCUCUUUACAUUCCUCUCUCGUACUGUCUGAACUCAACUAGGGUUACCCUGCUUACUCACAGGCACUUAAUGGAGCGCCACCAUGCUCCUUAUUGUCCAAACUGCAUUGUCCCUCUUACGGUCAUGCAUAUCCUUGUUGAAUGUCCUGACUUCAAGGACACACGUGUGUCUUGUUUCCCGACUGUCCCUCGCGGUCACUUGUCCCUCGAUAGAAUUCUUGGUGAAAUGGAUACCUUUGAUAUCGUUCGCCUUAUGUGUUUCUGUUCUCAUAUUGGCAGCCUUAGUGAUAUUUAGCGCUCUAUAAUUAUUCCACACAUUUGAUGGUGCUACACAUCCUUCCCGGCUUGGUGCCUUCUUUUGAUAAUUGCUUACUUUGAGCUCUAACUUAAUACACUUAUGAAUAUUGGAAGACAUUGUAUUCUUGUGCUCCAGUGGCAACUUAUGGAAAAAUAAAAUAGAGAGACUGUCACUGCAGGCUUCACACAACAGAAUAAUAAUAAUUAAAAUAAAAAUAAUUAAACAAAAGAUA